AUGGCGACCACAUCUCACACACAAGCCUCUAAUCGUUCUUCUGUACUUAAACAGUUGGAAGAAGCUGACUCUAUGUCAGAUGAGGAGCGUGUAAACAAAUAUUUUUACAAUUUAUAUGUUGCCAAUUUGACUACGGAUGAUAUUAUUGAUGUCAUGCGUCAAUUUGAAGCAUCGCCUCCGGAGUCUCGUAAUCGCAAAACUUAUCGCACUAUGCUCAAGAUAUUGUUCAACGAGUGUAGAUUUUUCCCUAAGUAUCCUGUCCAAGAGUUGGCUAUAACAGCAGAGCUUUUUGGUAAAAUGAUUAAGAGCUGUUUGUUGUUAUCUAAUGCCAAUCUUUUGAUGUUGGCUUUGCGUUGUAUUAUUGAAGCGCUUAAGCGCGGUCGUGCGUCCAAGAUGUUUCAAUUUGGCACUAUUGCGUUAUCUCAAUUUGAGAAUUCGAUAGCUAAUUAUCCCUGGUUUUCAACGGCUCUUUUAGAGUUACCGGAUAUCCGUGAGACGUUUCCGCAGGUUUAUAAGACCUGCGAGAAAUUACAGGCGAUAAUGACUGAUAAGAUCCGGGGUACGUUGUAUAUCGACCAAUCUAAAGGUAUAAUUAUACGUCCUGAUGAUUGUGAUUCUUCGCCUAGUGGUCAGUCGCGUACUACUGCCGAAAGUCAGGCAUCUUGUGUACCUUCUGCUACUACGGAUAAAGAUCGUCUUGAUGUUGGUGAGAUGGAGACUUUGAUGAACGGUGUUUCUGACAAUUUGACCCUAGAAACUCCAUCUUUAGCUAUUGUGAAUCAAAUAUACGCUGUAUUUAAUAACAUGUCCACUGAUACUGUGGUCCAGAAGGCUUAUGAGGUCAAUGACAUAAUACAACCUGAGAACCUUUCUUGGUUACUUUUGUACAUAAUCAAGACCCGUGCUUCUAAGGAGCAGAAUUUGCAUGAGGUGUUUGUAAUGUUCAUUGAGACUCUAAAGAUCCCCAAGGUGUUUGAUGUCGCUAUUCAGAUAACCUAUUUGUGUAUAACGGCAUGUUUGAAACCGAUAGUGGAGCAUAAGGAGCUCCCAUCUUAUCGUACUUUAUUAAAGAACCUUGGUAGUUGGUUAGGUAGGAUAACGCUUGGUCGUAACAUCCCUAUAAUGAGUCGUCAUUUGGACAUUAAGCAGGUUAUUUUCAAUGCUUAUGAGAACGGUGCUAUGAUAGCCGCUUUACCUUUUGUAUGUAAAGCUCUUGAGCAUAUCCAAGUGUCUAAGAUAUUUAAACCACCUAAUCCAUGGACUACGGCCAUGUUAAAUUUUUUAGGUGAGAUCCAUGGCCUGCGUGGUUUAAAGACCUCUUUGAUAUUUGAGAUCGAGGUAUUAUUUAAGCAUUUGGAUUUAAAUCUCAUGUCUUUUAGUAACAAGACUAAGCUUUUGGAAUCUCGCGUUAGACCAGAAGAUUCACCUGAUUUCGAUACUUCUACAAUAGAGGCUUCUCCCGAGCGUGAGCCUGUAUUGGGUCCUGAGGAAUCUAGGCCAUCGGAAGGUUUUACCAUAGCGCCACCGGUCCAGGUCCCUGCUAUGGUAUCUUCCGCACCUCAUCAUUUAUUGCGUUCCACACAGCCUGGGAUGCCACAUCGUGAGGUUGUGAAAGAUACUGUCAAGGAGAAAUUGAAUAUGUUACUUUCAAAGGUUAUGCGUGAAGGUCCUGGUGCUGUGCGUGCACCAUUAGUUGGAGCGGCAGCACCAACUACUACUACUGCAACCGAUGCUCGUCAUAGCGAAAUCCAGAGUGGCUACACUGCUGCGUACCAAGAGCAUCCUCAUAGCUAUAUGAUAAAUGGAGUGCCGCUUCAGGUAUCACAUCCGCAACAUAUGGCUCCUGGCACUGUCACUAUGAGCAACGACGCUCAGAUGGCUCCGUUAGGUGAUUACGCCGAGCACCUUUUACAGAAGCUUCAGAGUUCGAUUAUCAUCUCGCCCUCGAUUGCUCUAUUUGAGAUGCAGCCUCAUUUACGAGCUUGUGUCCCUAUUGCUAUAGAACGAGCUGUUCGACGUGUGUUACCCCUGGUAUCGGAGCAUGCUAUAUCGAUAUCACGUGCUACUACUCGUCAUUUGAUUGCGAAUGAUUUUGCUGGUGAGGUUGAUGAAACCACUUUACGUGGUGCUAUAUUGUCGAUGAUGGAAUUUUUGGUUACUUCAUUAGUGGUUGCGACUUGUAAGGAGCCUCUUAGGAUAGCAUUUCACGAGAGUUUGCGUGCCGCAUUACAGGCUUACAGUGCCCAAGAUUGUAAUAACCAUGUACUUGUUGAGCAGCUUGUUCAGAUAGUGUGCCAGGAUAAUUUGUUUCAAGCUGUAGCUGUUGCUGAGAAGAUUGUUGGUGACCAGGCUUUAAGAGAGAUUGAGGCUAUGAUUUCUGAUGUUGUUAAGCUUUCCAAGGCUCAGGGUCCCGCUCCUAUAAACUUGCCACCAUUAUUGCAGCAAUGGAACAAGUUGAAUGUGUGUGUUGACAAGCGUAACCUUACUCUCUACAGGAGUCUUUUCCAGAACCCUAACCGGGUCCUUUCUCAUGCUGCCUCUAUGCAGCAGCAGGGUAGUCCGCAUCAACAUAUACAACAUUCAAGGAUGGGUCAGCAUAUGUCCCAUCCACCAAUGGCACAACGUUCCCCGCGUCCACAACAUCAGCAGCAGUCGUCGUCUUCUGCUAACCCAUCGAAUGUAUCUAUCCCGAUGGCUGCUUGUAACGUUGUGAUGUCUCGUUUUGAAGAAUGUUUUGCUGAGGUUCGUGAGCCAUUGCGUGACAUUGCAUUGUUCCCUCCAAUGUUGUACAGUCGUACUCCUAUAGAGCCUGAUUACGAGCCUAUUAUGUUCAGUACCCAUGCUUUAUUGGUGCUCUACAGUUUACCUGUUGACCAUGAGCUCUUUUCAUGUAUCUCUCGUUGUUUGAAUGUUUUGGAGAAUUCUGCUCAUGCUGAGGCUGCUUCUUUAACUAUUGCACAUCGGUUACUUAUGUUCCUUUGUGAGGGUCUUGGGGCCCAGGCUGGUUUGAAUGUUGAGGUUCUAUUGGCUGUAUUGGAUGGUUUGAACCGUUUGAACCCAUCUGUGAAGCAAUCCCUUGCUUCAGUGAUAUUUUCGCAGCCUCUAGACCGUAUGAACAGCGUUUUUAACGUUGUAACUGUAACGGGUUUAUUGAGGUACGAUCUGUUGGACUGGUCUCAUUUGGCCCAUUAUUUGACUGUAUCUAUGGACAAGGGUCGUAACAGUUAUGCUUUGGAGAUGUCUAUAGUUGUAACUGCGAUUUCGGUUAUUGACCAGCGUAGUGUAGCUCCAGAUAUUGCAUCUGGUAUGGUUCGUGAGAUUGCUGCUGUAAAAUGUGGUUCAGAGGUUUGUGAGACGUAUUCCGGUGUUCUAUUGAAGGAUGCUCGUUCUAAGCUUUUGAAGGAUUAUAUGGAGUUGCAUGGUGAGACUCGUCCUAUUAUAAGUUCUCUUACUCCUGUAAUGAAGCGUAACCUUGAUUCUUGCAUCACUGGUGGUAAUUUCACUGUCCUCUGUCCUUCAAGUGUUUCAGAUCCUUUACCUGAGUUUUCGGCUCGUGAUUAUAAGUUGGUGAACCUUGGUUUUGGUGGUGUUCGUCGUGUAGCUCCUCCCCCUCCGGUUUCAGAUUCUCACCGUGCUAUAGUGAGUAUCAUAUUUGCCAAAUGGAUUGAAUGUAGUUUGCCAUAUGAGGGUGAGAAUUUAUUGAUGGCUUGGCGUCAGUUUUUCCAGCGUUUUAAUUUGCAAAGUCUUUUUAAGAUGGAUGGUGGUACUGACAAUUUUUUCGCUAUUUGUGUCGGCAGUGCUCUCGGUACAUUAUCGCUGCCAUCGGUUCCAAUAACAACGGAGUAUCUUGACAGUACUAGUUUUUCCAGUGACAAUAUCGAGAGUUUAAGGGCUCUAGCUAAGAUGUCUGAUGUGAUGUUACGUCUGGUUGGUGGUAGUGACGUUCCUCCUACCAGUGCUUUACAGAAGCUGCUUGCUGCUACAUCUAGUUUGAUAGUGUAUGAGCAUAAUUUUGUAAGUUAUUACAAAUUAUGGGUAGUUUUAUUGGAUUAUUUUGACAAGGUUGAGAAGGCGAGUGGUCAGGUUGUAUGUCGUAUAACAUUUUUGCUAUCAUUGCGUAGUAUAAAUCCUACUCGUGCUCCUGAAUUUUGUUUCUUUUGGUUGAAAUUGUUAGGUCACAAGAGUUUGUUACCUGGUGCUAUACUUAUCCCUCGUUGUUGGCCUCAUUUAGCAACAUUGUUCCUUGAGAUGACUUGUUUUUUGCAUGCCAACAGUGGUUUGGAUAAUAUCGGUCUUUUUGAGGGUCAAUACUACGAUUUGGUUGUAUCAAUGUGUAAGGAUCACCCAUCAUUUGUUGUGGAGCAUUAUUUCUGUUUCGGUGGUUCAGCUAGGAUUGAGCGUGUUGCUAGUAGUUGUAGUUUGAACCCUGAGAUCAUUCCUGUAGGAGCUUUAUCUAUGCCUGUUGACCAUAUCCCUGCUAUGGUUGUGUCACCAACUGUUUCAAGUUUGGUAGUGACACUGUUGGUUCGUCAUGGUUUGAAGUCUUAUAUUGACGCUGUUUUGCGUACAAGGACGCAGACUAGUCGUGUAUCUCAUGUGAGCAGUUACCGUGGUGACGUGGAUCGUUUGGUUCGUGUGAUUGAUGAUAUGAUAUUGCGUGACCCUGGUCAAUGUACGACAUUGAUGUGUUGUUUGAGUUACUACAUUGGUAUAGAGUUCCCCAAGAGUGCUUCUGAUCGUGAUCGUUUGGAUGAGGGUCGUUUAUAUGUAUACAUUGAGUUAUAUCGUCAUUUAUCCAUGUGUGGUAAGCAUAUGUUGAUUAGUUCAAUUUGUCGUCAUUUACGUUAUCCUAAUAUGCAUACCCAUUUUUUCAGUUGUCUUAUCUUUUGGAUGUACGACGAAUUGCGUUCUGCUCGUGACGAGGUUUUGCGUCAGAUAAUGCUGCGUGUUUUAUUGGAGCAUUUAUUAUCACCUGUGGAAUGUCCUUGGGGUGUUAAGCUUACUGUUGUUGAGCUUUUCCGCAACCCUCGUUACAACCUUGGUGGUGAUUCUUUCAAAUCGAUCCCAAGUCAGACACGUUCUCUGAUUGAUGCGGUUGCUCAAAGUCUGGAAGAUCUUAGUUCCCAUGGUUCUGUGACUGAUCUUCUUAAGAAAUUGGUAUCUAAAUCGCAUGGCGAGUUGCCUCAUUUAUUAUUUUAUGGUCCAUCUGGUUCUGGUAAGAAGACGCGUAUUCUUGCUACAUUACGAGCGGUAUUCGGUUCGUCUAUUGACCGGGUGAAGACUGAGGUUAUAUCUAAUGUGGAUACCAGUAAUGAAGUUAUAGUCUGUCAGAGUGACCAUCAUAUCCAAAUACCAUGUCCGGAGCUUGGUAACCGAGAUCGUGUGAUAGUACAGGAUAUUAUUCGUAAUUUAUCCGCAUCUCCCACAGCGUCAAAUUACUUUAUGAAAGGCCCUACAUAUAGAGUAUUUGUAUUUGAAGCUGCGGAAUCACUGUCGCUGGCCGCUCAAGCUGCCCUUCGUCGUACGAUGGAGACUUAUAUCAAGAACGCUCGCAUGAUCCUACACGUUGAGCAGUUGUCACGUGUAAUAUUGCCGUUACGCAGCCGUUGUUUAUGCAUUCGUGUAGGAAGUCAUAGCAUCGCUGAGAUUGUUGAUGUACUUCGUAUGAUUUGUAACGAGGAGCAUAUAACAUCUAAGCAGGCUUCUGAUGAUUUUUUACGUGAGAUUGCACUAUCCAGUGGCCGUAACCUACGUCGAGCGAUAUUGACAUUGGAGACCAUAGCAAUGAGUGGUUUUGUUAGUAGUCCUGUUAAUUUUUUGAUGCCGUGGGAGCGUAAUGUGGCUAAGAUUGUCAAAUCUGUCAUGGAUAAUCAAUCCCCUUCAGCUAUAAGCAUGUUACGUCCGCAGGUGUAUGAACUAUUGGUAUGUUGUAUCCCCGGGGAGGUGGUUUUGGAGACUAUCGUCGAUCACUUGAGCAAGCGUGUUAACCCGGAUUUGAUCCCCAGUAUCGUACACGUGGCGGCCCAUUUUUCACAUACCAUGAAACAAGGCUCUAGGGAUAUAUGGCAUAUUGAGGCAUGCAUGGUACAUAUAAUGUCACUAUUAGCUUCAAGCAAAGGUUGA